AUGUCAUGGAUCAGCCAGACAUGCAUGACACCUCGUAAGGACAUGUUCAUACGUUUGAAUAACCUUUCCACAGGUUCAACUCCCUCACAGAGGAUGACAAGCGACGGAUCAGGCACAGACGUCGACAUCGGAAGGUGUGGACGCUCUUUGCCAGAGUGGGGGCGAACCGGGAAGCCAGAGAGUGGAGAGGACGGCGCGUACGUGCGGCAAAGUUUCACCAUUGGACACCCGUCGAGGUGGCGAGCUGGAUCUCCCAUCUUCUCCGGAAAGCAGAGGUACAGAGGCCGUCGCAGAGAACAGGAGGGCAUGGUGUUUGGGAGCAUGGGCUGCUCAAGGCUGAUCACAUCGGGGAAGCUCCCGCUCCUCGUCUCCGGUGAUGCCAAGGGUGGUACGACUAGCAUGGGAGGAGACGACACCGGCCCAGGUGCUGCGGAAAAUCGGGUGAUCAACCCUACAGUGGAGAAUGCGCAAGAGAGCGGUACUGCAGCCAACCCCACACCGGAGGAAGGGGGGGGGGUGGUCGACUCUUCCGAUACCACCCCGGUGAAAACGGAAGGGUCGUCGUCACCAGCAGCAGCACCCCCUUGUGAUUCCGCUCCCUCUCUAGCCGAAGAAGUGAAGAAAUGCUCCGGUGUACUCGUUGACGCUCAAGACAGCAGUAUUGCGGGCGUUGGUCAAGCCCAAGGCGAUGAUAACUAUGAAAAGAACACCGACGAUGGUGGCCAUGGGAACGUCAACAACAAAGACGACGAUGACGACGACCUUAGCAGUAGUGUCGACAACAGCAACAACGGAUGGGCUGAAGUGGAAGCUGGGGAGCGCACGGGCUACUCCGGAGCCGCGGUGGAGCCUUUUGCCGUCAAGGAAGGAAUAAAUGGGUGCUGCAUUAUGGAGGCAAUGGAAGACGCGUUGGGACAUACUGAAGACGCCUUGACCCGGUUCAUCAAGAGCUCGACGAGGCUGGCACGCCCUGCCGAAGUCGAGCAGAAGAGGGUAGAGCUCAUGGUGAGGGAGCUGCUGACGAUCCGGCCGUACUCGACGGCCAGCCAACUCAAGCUCAGGGCGUUAGGCGUCGUCAUCGUGCGAAGCGCUGAGGCUCCCCGAGAUCUAACCAACGACGAAAUUAACGCGCAGCUGCCGUUGUUGGCAAGAGUUUUGACUGCGGGUUACCGGCGUCAGGCGGCAAUGGUCGAGCAAGGGUUAGAGUUCGCGGCUGCGAGGAUCCAGGGCCUGGCCAGGGGCAAGCACAUCCGCAGGGUUAUGUCUUCCAUCUGGCAGCAAGCCAAUGAGUAUGCCCGGAAUAUCGUCCAGGGGGAGAGAGAGGCUAGGAUGAAGAGGGAGAAAGCGCAAAGGGCCAAAGAGAAGGGAAGGAUUUUCUACCGCCCGCGAACCACAAGAACAAACGUACGCAAACGGACUGGAACGGGGAAUGGCGGGGCAAGAGAGGAGGCUUUCCAAGGACCUAGAACGUUCUUGCACGCGGUGGGAACCAGCCUGUCACUUUCCGAGCUUCGCCCGUGCACCACGUACCGCCUGGCGCUUGCGAUUCCGCCAGUCAUUCGGAACGAGCUCCUCGAAUCUGCAAGGUGCGCGGUCGGCACCAUUGUCCAUUGGAUGUGCUUUGGUAGUGAAGGGGAGGCCGGAAAAAGCGAUGUUUCUUUGCAGGGGUCGCUAGGAGUCACGGAGGCCAUCCGCUCCCUCGAGACAUCGACGGAAUCUAAGACAAAAGACAACAACGGUGUCAGCGACGGUGUUAGUGGCGGGGAUAGUGGUGAAGGUGCAGAAUCCACCUCAGGGCACUUGGACGUGGAGACCCUCCCUGAUGUCCCCGGCGAGGUGCCACUAUUGAAGUGCAAGGUCCUCACGUCGGCCUCCGCCGUCGAUCCGCGCGAUCCAUCAGGCGUCCUUUCGUUGCGGCGGUGGCAGUCACCGUACCCUGCAAUUGCAAACAUGGACGGUCCUGUACCCGAGGACUUUGUCGUCCUUGCCCCGGGUCGCCCUGAACCCGUGGUUUCUCUCCAAUGGCAGGGCCCCGAGAAUAACGGGCUCGAUAUCUGCAGGAUUGGGCGUACGGGAGCUUGGCAAAAAGUUCGCUCGCGAGGCGGCACCGGGAGGCGUGGAGAUGGAGGUGGAGAAGACGGAAGGCAACCACUGACUUUCGACGAGGUGGACGCUCCACUGAGGACCAUUUCAGUCGACACCCUGAAGGAGGUCGCCGUCAACGGGCUUGCGCUUGUCUACAGGUAG